AAAUCAAUAUUUGUAAUGCGCUUGGACACCCCUCUCUCUCAACAUGAGGUGGACCGGCCGUCACCUGGCAGCCGAGCCCGAGACAGUCAGAGGCGGUCAGUCAGUCCAGCAGAAGUGCCACAUAAUCAAACAAAAGUCCGCUAUUAUCGAGUUUGAAAGGCAGGUUUAGGUCCUCUGGUCAUGGCUAAAGACCCGUUGGCAGAGGCUGGUCUUCAUUUUGAUGAACUCAAUAAACUGCGAGUGCUCGAGCCUGAUGUGAGUCAUAAAACCAUUGAGCUCAAAGAGGAAUGCGAAGAAUUUGUUGACAAGAUUGGUCAGUUUCAGAAAAUUGUAGGUGGCCUUAUUGAACUUGUGGAUGAGCUAGCGAAGGAAGCCGAAAAUGAAAAAAUGAAGGCCAUAGGUGCAAGAAAUUUGCUGAAAUCAGUUGAAAAGCAACGGGAGGCUCAGCAGCAACAGCUUCAGGCUCUGAUUGCAGAGAAGAAAAUGCAGUUGGAAAGGUAUCGAAUAGAAUACGAAGCUCUUCAAAAAGUCGAAGCAGAGCAGAAUGAAUUCAUCGAUCAGUUUAUACUGCAGAAAUAAGAGUAUUGUUUCCUCUUUCUGUUGGACAGGAGAAGUGAUGCUAUGCAUCUUGAUUUAGUGACUUCCUAAUAACUGCAGGGUCCCUAACUAGGUUAACUGAAUUGACCAGUUAAUAGGUGACAACAGACGUCUGUUUCAGCCUCAACCUCUGACUCUAUUGUGUUAACAUUGAGUGCUUUUGCAUGGCCAGUUCGAAGAGGCACAUAUUCGUAAUCUUUCCAACCACAGAUCAUAAUCUCAGAUGAAUACUAUUUAUAUACAACAAAAGUUAUUUAUACUAUUUAUAUGGAAAUUAGUUUGUAAAUCUGAUCUUUUUACAGAAGGAAAAUACAGUAUUUGCAUGUUACUGUAAAUAAUUCCAUCAUGAGACAUCAUCAGGUAAAAUGUUUUUUUUUCUGUAUGAUUUGUAUUUGAACUGCUGUUUGUGACUUGAACUCAUCUGGUUUUGUUUCCUCAUAUGCUCAUGGGACCACAACCAAAACAUUUUCCACAAGUUAUGGAAAACUAUUUAAAGCAUAAUUCAUUUAUUGUUGUUUACAUCAAGUGUGUAAUCUUAAUAUUCGACAAACUUCAUACAGAUUUGAAGAACAAUUCAAUAAAAAUAUAUUUUUCAUUUA